GCUGCGGUUCUAUGGCAGGUGGAAUGGAAAUAGGACAGCGGAGAAAGGACUGUCAACUGAAACAUCUUCUGAUAAACUAUCUAGCCAUACGUUAAUGGUUUAUGUGUCAAAUGAGGAGAAAAGCUUAGCUUGUCACAACACAAAGUAAGGCUUCAAGAAUCUUUUUUUCAUUUUUUUCUUGUCGAUUUUCAUUUAAGGGAAAGUCUGAGGCCGAUCUGACAUCCUCUGGUGUGACAGAGAAGAGUGAAUGGCCCCAGCCCUGACCAAGCUCUCCAAAGACGCCCACGGAAUCCACUUGGCGACCACUCUCGCCCUCAGCAACAUGGAUGUAGAUGGGGCAAUGCUCAACAUGGAGUGUGAUCCUCAGUUGAAACUGAAGGAGGGCAGCUAUGCUCAGAGGGUGUGGCUCAACCUCUCCUCUCUGCCCUGUCUGGACACCUUUUGCUCUGGCACGAGUCCCCUUGAGGUUUCAGAGUCGCUCCUGUCCCCUCUGCUACAUGCCUCGGCUGGACAGUACAACACAGUGCUUCUCUCCAGCCCUGGUUCCCUGUUCAACCUCCUGUUCCUCAACAAAAACCCGAAGAAUUCCCUGGGGGCCUGUCCAGGUGCACAAGACAUGUAUUUUGUUCCCGUCACUGAACACAAUGGCCAAGGUGUGGUUCAGCAGCAGUGUCAGCACAGUGUACAACCACACAACCCUGCUGUCCCCACACCCGGCAUAGCAAGGCAGGAGGAGGGGGGCACCAUCAGCACAGACACAGCUCUAGCCCAGCCAUGGACCAAAAGGACUAGGAGCCAAGGCCAGGAGCAGCCUGUGACUGCAAUGGUGGAGGAGGCAGUGAGAGAGCAGACCCGGUGGCGUCUCUCCCAACAAGCAGCCCUGUUAGGACAGGCUGGGCGGAUCCAGAGGAGGCUCCAGGCUCUGCUAGGGGACCACCUUUCUAGCCACUCCAGCUGGAGGGUCUAAAGAAGAGGCAGGGCAGGGAGACCCCGGGUCCCCCCUCACCCCCAGCUGACACCAAACCCUUUGAUCCAGCCAUGGGGCAGAGACCGACAGGUACACAGAGCCACAGGACCCAGGAGCUACUGCAAACCGUCUCAGUCCCAUCCUCUUCUAAAGACAUCCAGGAGUUUGCCAGCUAUGCCCAGGCUGUGCUGCGCACGGUGCAGGAGGCUGUAGACUCUGAUAUCACAGAGAGCAGCUCAGAUGAAGAAUUGGAGCCUGAGCAGAAAUGGGGGACCAGGUCUCGACCAGUGUGAGUAGAGGGAGCAAGAGAGACAUUUUGGUAAUAUACUGUAGUUAUAGUGUUGUUAAUUACUCAUGAGAAAUACAAUCUGUUGUUCAGUUAAGUAAGAAUGAUAGUGUUGUAUUUCAGGCUUUACUGGGAUGCAAAAACAUUGCCAUAGGCUAAACUUAGGGCCCUAUAAAAGUUUAUAUUUUUUCCCUUAUUUUGUUUUCUCCGUUAGUUUUUUCCAGGUUUUUAAUAUAUAUAUAGACCGAAUAGAAAGUCAACACCAUUUGAUGUUCUAAGUCAGAGAUGGGCAAUUUUGAUGGGUGUGGGGGCCACCAAAAAUCUAAACUCAUGAGGGGCCUGCAGUGGCUCGCUGGUCUGCGUUCCCACAUCCAUACCCACACAUGCAGUCAACUGAUUUGUGCAGUUAAACUACAAACUGGCUUAACUAAAUGCAUUUUACCAGUCGCCAGGGCCGACCCUGGCCUUUUGGGGGCCCUAAGCGAGAUUUGGUUGGUGGGCCCCCACCUCACGGGCAAAACAUUUUACUGGCCCUGUCUUUAAAUGUUAGUUUAAAGUUCAUUUCCUGCAAUUCUACACAUUUUUGCCAUGGGGUGUAGAGGAAUGUUUCAGUUUUAAAGCAAGUUUUCUGCAAUUGUACACAUUUUGCCAUGAGCACAGAGAAAAGUUUGCAAUGUUAUACCAAAUUUCAUGAAAUUCUACUCAUUUUGUCAUGACUUUUAUAUAGUGUUAACAUGCGCUACAUGACCAAAAGUAUGUGGACACCUGCUCGUUGAACAUCUCAUUCCAAAAUCACGGGUAUUAUCCUCCACUCUCCUGGGAAUUCUGGGAAGUCUUUCCGCUGUCAGACAUGGAUGUUGGGCGAUUAGGCUUGCAGUCGGCAUUCCAAUUCAUCCCAAAGGUGUUCGAUUGGGUUAAGGUUAGGGCUCUGCAGGCCAGUCAAGUUUUCCACCUGUCCCCAACGGGCAAUCCACUAAUUUGAAGGGGUGUCAACAUACUUUUGUUUAUAUAGUGUACUUCUGUCGGUCAAUUUCUUAAGCUAAGACAGGUGGGAGGAGGGGGUGCUCCAGUACAGUAGGUACCAUAACGUUGGAUGCCAACUGGCGAUAAACCCCACAAGAAGAGGUGAUGGUGAAAAUGGUAGACAGUGGCUUACGCCCUCCACUGUCGGGCACUGUUUUCAUACUGUUCAGCUAACGACGGCAAGGGCAGGUGUUCGGCAGGCGGGAGCGAAGGACACUGUGCUAGCUAGCUAGUCCUACAGAGGACUCCGGUACAGAGCAGGCAGAGGUGGCGCACAGUGUCGCUAACUAGCAAGUUAGCUAGGACACAGUGUUGCACACAUUUAAACUGAGAAGUUAUUUACUGCUGCUCUUUUAAUUAUGUUAUUCUUAUCUCUUACUUUUUUUAGGUAUUUUCUUAACUACAUUGUAGGUAAGGGCUUGUAAGUAAGCAUUUCACUGUAAGGUCUACACCUGUUGUAUUCGGCGCAUGUGACACAUACAAUUUGAUUUGAAUAUCAAGUCGCACUCGCCAAAUCAACCAAAAGUCGCUGGGGCAGCCUACAUUUGUCGCUAUACUCGUUUACCAAUAAAAGUUGCUGGCGGGGUCUGAAACCUCUAAACCUCUAAAUCUAUCGACAAAGUUGAUAAGUUGGCAGCACUGAAACUGACUCUGUGGGAAUAGGGCUCCAACGGGCCACCCCCUUUUUGCUUCCUGAAUGAUGUCGGUGUUGGUUGAAGUAAGCUACUUCUUUGCAAAUGUUGUUGAUCAGUACAAUAAAAUAAGUUCUAAAUCGAAGGGAAACAGAUUGCCAUCUGUAGUCCCUUGAAAUCAGCCAAAACCAACUCAAUAACUCAAUGCAUGUGCACACGCCUAUUGAAUAGGUUAUGCAUUCACCUGUAUUGUGAAUAGCCCUAUGCUACAUCUUGAUUUGCCCAGUUUAUCAAGAGAUUUACCAUUCAAAUAAAUGAUUACUGUUUAGUUAGAUUUGUAAUAACAAGGUCUAAUUGAUUGUAUGAUUGUAUAAUUGAUUAUUUAAUGCAUACAUUGCUGUCUCUGAAAAUGUUUGCCGUAGAACGUUAUAAUGAUAUUGAACUCAAAAGAUGCUCAACGAUUGAACAGCGUAGUAGCUGAGUUUAUUCCCGUGGAUCAAGUGCCAUUCUGUUACUUUGUUUUAUACUGUGCGCCUUCUUUUUUUGCCGUGGGAUUGGUUUGGUAUCGUGAUACUAAACCUGUAAUCGGUAUUAAAGUAAAUAUUCUGGUAUCGCGACAAUACUAGUCAGUGACUGACAUAAUGAGAAAAAACUGAUGCACAACCACAUUUUGAAAUUCUACCUCUCAACAGUAAGUUAAGACCCUGACUUCUUAUUUUUUUAUUUUAUUGAUCUUCGGGCCUACAAAAUGGGCUGCCCAUCCCUGUUCUUAGUCCACAACAAUGCGUAAACCACAUCAGUAGACCACUUUAGAGGUCUGGGAAAGAUUUAAGACAUUUUGGGGUGUAGCUUGUUUGGUUAGCAAUGUUUUGCUAGCGUCCAUGUGUUUUGCAAUUUUCGAAAACAAAUGGCUACUGAAUUGACGCAAAUAAUCAUGAUAUCAUUCUUCCAGGUAGGCUUGCGCUACAUUGUAGUUAAUAUUUAAUUUAGAAGGUUUUUGGUUAAGCCUUUCCAACUACCAGAAGACAGUUGUCACUAUAUUAGCCUCAUCGCUAACGUCUACACAAAAUGAUAGACAAACACGCACAGACAGGGGCAUGUGCUGUUGCCUCUUCAGAAAUGAACAGUAGUGUAUUUUCCUGUGUUAUGAUCUUUGGCAAAUUAAUGAAUGUUCUACACUGACAUUUUUUUUAUAAAUGUAAAAUGUUUGUCCCAUGUUUUAUGAGCUGAAAUAAAAGAUCCCAGAAAUGUUA